AUGGUCGUGAAGGCGGCAACACCCAUGGCGGAGAGCAAGGACGGUAGGUCAGUGGUUGUUACUCCGUCUCUGGUAUAUACUGGGAAGUCUACGGAUAGGGUGGUCUGGGGAGGAGACCUUAAACGAUUCUUGAAAAGGGCUGUACGCUGUACAGUAUACAUACUUCAUGGAGCCCAUGACAUGUCUUGUGGAAUAGACAUAGGUCAUGGUGUCGUGGCAGAUGCGAUCACGGGCAGUUCUGGGUGUCUUUGCCCAAAUCGACCCCUCCAUGAUGCAGCUGGUGUGGGUUCAGCGAAGUGA